AUGCGAUACUCGGAUGCGGUUCACGAUCAUUUCGACAAUCCCCGCAACAUCGGUGCCAUCGAACACCCCGACGCGGCGGCGGAAGUUUCCAACCCGGCCUGCGGCGACAUCAUGCACCUCACCCUGCGCAUCGUCGAUGCACGCAUCACCGAGGCCAAAUUCAAGACGAUGGGCUGUCCGGCAGCCAUCGCUGCCGGGUCGGUGACCACUGAACUACUCAUCGGACGCAGCGUCAACGAACCCAUACCGCUAACGCGCGUCGAGGUGAACGAGGCGCUCGGUGGCCUGAGCCCGCAGAAGGUGCAUACGUCCGUCCUCGCCGAGGACGCCGUGAAGGCUGCUGUCAGGGACUACCAUCGGCGGCAGGGGAAAUAG